AAAAAUCACUACAAAAAUAGAGUAUUCCGAUAAAGAAUUAAUUCAGGUUUGCUAAUGGCGGUGAUGGUGGAGAACAACUACUACUACAACCCAGCAGCCGUCGCCGGAGGAGGUAGGGCGGUACCUGUCGGAAAGCAUCGACCGGCAGAAGCCGACCGGCGAUUCCUGAAGACGUUAAGCAUGGACGACGACGACGACGAGGACAACAUGUCGUGGCGGCCUCCUCCGUCGCCCUUUGCCCACCCAACUGAAAGGGCUCCUCAAGCAAACUUCAACAUUGACGUCGGAAGACAAAACUAUCUCAGGAGUUUCAAGUUUAACGUCCAAUUCGCCGACGAUCAUGAACAGGAAAUUAUUAGUCAAAUUACCAUCACCCAAAGGAUAACCCAAAGGAUAAAAAGAUGGCUAUCGAUGAUCAAUAAUGGGGUUAAAAAAUCCGAAACAACAAAGACUACUCGUAAACUUAAAUCCUUUGGUCAUCGGAUUCAGAAGGUUCAUUGUAUAGCUAUCUAG